UUCACCUUGCGUAUACGACCGUUUGUUUUCGUGCGUUAAUUGGUUGUUCGUGCUGGUUCAAGAUUCCGCCCAGCACUCUUGUCUCACCAACACGCGAUCAACACCGUUGACCGCCGUGAGAUUCAACUGGGUAGAUCGAUUGCCUUCUUUGGUAAGCAUAAGAGCCGGAACCGGGUUGUCGCGAGAGAGAUAAACAGGCGGCGGGCUUUAAGACCUCUCGAGCGAUAGCGCUGGAACUGGAACAGCUGGGACUUUGGAGAUUAAUCCAUGCGGAGAGUAUCCAAUGCUGGAUAGCAUCUCGAACCUGGAGAAUAUGGAUGUGCUUCUCUCUCGGUAGGCCUUAGCUUGUUUGGACGUCACUGCUCACUCUCUGUCUCUCCGUUUCUGCUUCGUUUCCUGGGUCAUUCAUCUUGAAGUCCAUAUCUGGUCCUUCAUAGGUUAAUUAUCUGCCAGUUAGUGCCCGGUAUCGGUUCGAGUGGCAUCAGUGCCGGCUGGUGUGUGAAGGGCUAAAGGGCUGAUUAUUUUAACCCACCACCCAACCGAUUCCUGCAUCAGUUGGUUCGCGAGUGUUGCACGGUGCACAUGGUACAACCGCCUUUGGAUAGCUAAAACCCCCCCCCGCCGGAGAAUAUACAGUGCGCGCGUGCGAUGGCUAGCAAACAGAUCAAGUGCGGUCGUAGCUGUUACUACGACCCGCUGACACAUAUAUGGACCGGUUUGCCUACACCGCCACUGUACAAUACACAGCAGAGCAUUGGGCAGCUCAUACUUACCAUGCUGCAGCGAAGUGAUCCGAUGCACGUGACCCAAAUCAAUGCAGACAUCGAUCAGGGCCGGAAGGUUACGUGCCGGGAGAUGUACCUGCGGACGGUGCGUAUUGCGGAGCAUCUGGCACGGCUCGGGUAUGGCAAGGAUACGCCCAUGGCGGCCCUCGCAUCCCGUAAUGGUGAGCACGUUGCACCGGUGAUGUUCGCCUGCUUCGCGCUAGGCAUCCCCAUCAACACGCUGGACGUGGCGUUCAGUGUUGCCGACUUUGCGCACAUGUUCAGUGUCACGCGUCCGGUGCUUGUGUUCUGUGAGAGCGACGUGUUGGGGGUGGUGCGUGACGCUGCCAGGCGAGCCUCGAUCGAACCGGAGUACGUACUGUUUGAGGACACCGUCGAGGGGUAUCGGCAUGUGCGGGAGCUGCUAGAGCCAACCGGCACCGAAGAUACGUUCGAACCCACCCUACUGGACGAUCCUUCUACCCACCUGGCAGUAGUUCUGUGCUCCUCCGGUACGACCGGAUUGUCGAAAGGUGUAAGCUACUCCCACACCUUCUGCAUCGCCAAUCUCCCAUCGCUCUGGCUGAUGGCACCGACGGACUGUCUGCUCGCCUUCAGCUCACUGUACUGGCUGUCCGGCUUUGCCUCGCUGAUCAUCGGUACGAUUGCCCAAGCGUCCCGGGUCAUCACUCGCGAACCGUACACAACACAGCUCGCCAUCGACAUAAUGCAGAAGCAUCGCGUGACAAUCGCCUUCUUCUCGCCCUAUCAAUCAAAUCUACUCGUUAACGAACCACAAUUGGCAAAUGCAAAUCUGCCCGGCCUGCGACUGUUGCUUUGCGGCGGUGCACGCGUAUCGAAGCAUCUGUAUGCAUCGCUGCGACGCUGCAUGCCAUCGCACACGCUCAUCCAAAUCGGGUACGGUAUGUCCGAGUGUUGCCUAAUCUCGCUCACCGACGGGCACAGCUACCGGGACGAUUGUGUCGGUACGCUGCAGGCCCGGGCCUCGGCACGGAUCGUGGACGAACAGACCGGGCAGCGUGGAUUGCCGCCCGGUGAGCCGGGAGAAAUUUUACUACGUGUAAUGGUUCCGUUUUCCGGGUACUACGGCAACGAGGCUGCGACGGCCGAAAUGAUGGGACCGGACGGUUGGAUACGCACCGGUGACAUUGGCUACAUCGACACGGACGGCCAUCUGUACGUGAUCGAUCGCAAGAAGGACAUCAUCAAGUACGCAGGCAAUCAAAUAUCGCCCACCGAGCUGGAGGCACUCAUCAAACAGCUACCGGGCGUGCUUGAAUGCAGCGUCGUUGGACUGCCGGCCGAAGGGACCGAUCUGCCGGCGGCACUGAUAAUCCGCGCCCCGGGCACGGUUGGCGACUCCGUUACCGCUGACCAGGUGCAGCAGUUUGUGGAGGGACAGGUGUCGAACUACAAACGACUCCGGGGUGGAGUGUUCUUUACCGACGAGUUGCCGUUGACUCCUUCGGGCAAAAUCAUACGCCGCAAGUGUCUGGAGCUGGUGCAAAGCAUGCUCAAAGGCGAGUAGCAGCUAACAUUCCUCUUCACGAUCCCUUGACGUGACAACUCUAAUAAGAGCAGUUUGAUUUAAAUUUUAACGGUUACUGAGCAGGUGAAUAUAGUGGGAUAUCCUAUUUAAUAUUAAAUCAACAGUAAACAAAAAUAAAAUAAGAGGUUCAAACACUGAACUGUCGCUCAAAUUCAUGAUGAAA